UUUAGAAAUAAAAAAAUCUUACAUGAUUUUAAAAAUGAACCUAUUCCGAUGAAUUCCAUGGCUGGAAACAUUAGAGGGGAUAGUGAAAUGUUCGCCUGCGCCUUACCUUAAAAGCAACGUGGUAGUCUCGGCAAAAGUAUCAAGUGAUUUUAUGCUAACGUGUGUUUCAUCUCAACGUCAAGUGGAGUGUUCGUCACUUAACCGGUCAAAAUGGUGUUAUCGUGUAGAUUUUACAAGGAGAAGUAUCCUGAAGUGGAGGAUGUUGUUAUGGUUAAUGUACGUAGCAUAGCUGAAAUGGGUGCCUAUGUGCAUUUAUUGGAGUACAAUAACAUAGAGGGUAUGAUUUUGCUCUCUGAAUUGUCAAGAAGACGUAUUCGUUCGAUAAAUAAGUUAAUUAGAGUAGGCAAAACAGAACCAGUAGUGGUCAUUCGUGUUGAUAAAGAAAAAGGAUACAUUGACCUUAGUAAAAGAAGAGUUUCUGCUGAAGAUGUAGACAAGUGCACCGAGCGAUAUGCUAAAGCCAAAGCAGUAAACUCAAUUUUGCGCCAUGUAGCUGAAUUAUUGCAUUAUGAUAGCGAUGAACAACUAGAAGAGCUUUACCAAAAAACAGCAUGGUAUUUUGAAGAAAAAUAUAAAAAACAAAAAGCUUCUGCUUAUGAUUUCUUCAAGCAAGCAGUACUUGAUCCCAAGAUCUUAGCAGAAUGUGAUCUUGAUGAAAAGACAAAAGAAGUUUUGUUAAACAAUAUUAAGAGAAAAUUAACAUCUCAAGCUGUGAAAAUACGAGCAGAUGUUGAAGUUGCUUGUUAUGGCUAUGAAGGAAUUGAUGCUGUAAAAACUGCUCUUAAAGCAGGUUUAGCUCUAUCAACUGAAGACCUUCCAAUAAAAAUAAAUUUGAUUGCUCCUCCCUUGUAUGUAAUGACUACAUCCACUCCAGAAAAAGCUGAUGGUUUGAAGGCAUUGCAAGAUGCUAUUGCAGUGAUUGAGGAAAAAAUUAAUUCUCUGGGUGGAGUUUUUAAAAUUCAAAUGGCUCCUAAAGUUGUUACUGCUACUGAUGAUGCUGAACUUGCCAGACAAAUGGAAAGAGCUGAGCUUGAAAAUGCAGAAGUUGCCGGAGAUGAUGAUGAAGAAGAGGAGGAAGAAGGUAUGGGAAAAUUCAGUGGAGAUGAAGAGAAUGAUAAAGAUGAAUCUGGAGAAGAAGAUUAGAGAUAAAAAUAUAAUUUAGUACCUUUCUUAAAGUACUAUCGAUUAAGUCUUGUCAUCAGACUGAUAAAUAUUUUUUUUAAGCGUAAUAAAAUUUUUAAAAAAUAAUUGAAACAAUGAUACACCAUUCUGUGCAUGUAUUUUACAUUUGAUAAUCAAUUUAUUUAGAAAUAAUAAAUUUAUUACAUUCAUUUCCUUUAUCAAGAUUA